AUGACCUUGCUCAGCACCCCCACUGAAGAUGGGACCCCGUCAUCCUUAGGGCGUGGCCACUGGUCAGCUUUUAAGUCUGGUUUCACGCCAUCAUUGGACGCAGAUUCGUCCGCUUUAGGCGAUGAUUCUCUUCCCACUGCUACCGCUUCGACAUUCACGUUUUCCGCCGAAGUACCUCCGCCUUCCUGCUCCGAGGAGGAAACGAAUGAAGACGAAGAUAACAAUGGACGCGCAGAAGACGGCGAGGAAAAGCUCACGUGGUGGCAGAUUGCUGGCCGCUCCAUGGAUACUGUAUUUGCCAAUAUCGCGUGGUUUUCGGACCACAGCGAGAUGUAUCUGCUUGAAGUCGCACGCUUAAAUGCUCCACCGCAAUACCCGAAGCGGUCGUAUAACGCGCUCUUCUCUACAGACGCCAACUUCCGUGUGUCGAAUCGGCUGUCGCGAUCGACAGAGAGCACGGACCCGUGCUUCAAUGAUGGCCGCGCAUACCUGGUGCCCAUGAAGGAGUACAGCGCGUACGUGGACUCCGUUGAAGCGGGCAAAGACGAGGAGGUAAGCGCGCAGGCUGCUCUCGGGAAAGGGUUGCGCACAACGGGCGUAGCUGGUAUGUUUUGCGCUCGCCACGAGCUUUGGCAGCCGUUGGGUUUGGCGCCUCUGAAGAAGGGAGAACAAUACAGGGCUAUCGAUUUCAUCUCGACGAUGGCGCAUCGGUUCGUUCGAGCUCCCGUCGUGGUGCAUCCGUACGACAUCGUAUAUCAGUGGCACAAGAAUCUUUUGAAUAGGCUCGCUGCUGUCAAGAAGGCCGAGCACGAAAGCGUCUUCGAGGGCGCGCGCGCAAUGAUCAGCCGAGCUCUCGUCUUUGUCGUGCCGAAAUUUCAUAUCUUCGCCCACGUCCUGGACUGCUUCUUACGCUUCCACCCAAGCUACACGCGUGGUGUGGCACAGGCGGACGGCGAGGCAUGCAAGCGUGUAUGGGCGAGCGUCAACCCGGCAGCCACAAGCAUACGCGAGAUGGGACCAGGUCUAUGCGGGACGCGAUGGACAGCAUAUGCAGUUCGCACAGCCAUUAAAAGGUCUGCGGUCUUGGCACGCAUACAUGCCGCGAUCUUCGCGGCGGCGGAGGAACGCACGCUGGAGAGGGUUGCGACCAUGUUGCAGGCGGUGGAGCACUUUGAGGAGGAUAUGAACCCGAAGGCGGGUCGGCCGUGUCCGUACAAGGAUGAGGGCGACGAUUUGAUGUCUGAAUACAUCGCGGCGCUCGCAGAGAAGACGGAUACAGUUGCGGACCAGCCGAGCAGUACUGUCGAUGCUGAAGACGGUGUCGGCGAGACGGCUGCGAAUGCGCGCUGUGCGAAUUCCGGCUGCGCGGACCCUACCUGCACUUCGGCCGAGGGCGACGAUGCCGAUGGACUGGCAGAUUCGGGGAAGAGCAAAGCUGGCGUGGCCGACGAACCAGCAGAGUGCGAAGCCGGUAGCGCGGAGGGCAUGGCGCGUGCUGUUCUGACCUUCAAAGAGGACCAACAACGCCUCAUGCCGGCUACCUUCACAACCAUGACAGGUCGCGACGCUCUGCCAGACGAUGACGAAGCAUGCAGCGCUAAGCUGUGCUUGCCGUCGGAGCUAUCCCCGCAAUUACGGGCCGAGUACUCGACGCUCGUAUCCAUGUAG